CGCUGGCAACUACUCCCAGCGCCAAAUGAAAUUUUCAGUACCGAAACUCUUCUGUUUCUCUCCAAGGCCGAAGCAGCAUAACACCAGAAUUUCGCCAUUUGAAUCUCAAAAUAGAUACCCAUUCGAGUACGGAGCUGAAAAUGAAUCGGUGAACACUGUUUUUGAGAACCCAGGAAAGGAAAAGGAGGACAAAAGAAGAUAAACUAUGCAGGGGCUGAGUUUUCAAAGAACACCAUUCAUUUCGAGGGGGAAGCCUCCCUUAUUGGCUUUGGUGGAUUCAUUGCCAUGUUUCGCUUGCAUUUCUAGAAAAUCCAUUUCUCCUUCUCUAAGAUACAGAGAAAUCUCAAGGUUCAAUUCCUCUUUUGGUAGACUUAGACCACAAGCAUCUAAUGUUAGUAUUGGAUCUGGGGGCUAUGAAGGUCGGGAGGAGCAAGACAACCAGAAAAGUUUUGUUAAUGGUCCAUCCAGUGACAGCUCAUCGGAAAUUGUGAAAUCUCCCAGCAAAAUCCCAUAUCCUAUAUCUAUAGCUAUUGUGCUAUUUGGAUGCGCUUUAGUCUUUUCAUUGAUUGCCUUUGUGAAAGGUGGUCCUUCAUCUAUCUUAGCAGCGAUUGCAAAGUCAGGAUUAACAGCUGCAUUCACGUUAAUAUUUGUUUCUGAAAUCGGGGACAAGACAUUUUUUAUUGCUGCGCUAUUGGCUAUGCAAUAUGAGAAAGGACUGGUUCUUCUGGGAUCAAUGGGUGCUCUUUCACUUAUGACAAUCUUGUCAGUUGUAAUUGGACGGAUAUUUCAUUCAGUGCCUGCUCAGUUCCAAACAACCCUUCCAAUCGGAGGAUAUGCAGCUGUAACUCUUCUAAUGCUCUUUGGGCUCAAAUCAAUAAAAGAUGCUUGGGAUCUUCCAUCGAGUGAAGUUAAAAGUGGUGACAAGAGCAGUCCCAAACUUGAUGAAUAUGCUGAAGCUGAGGAACUUGUAAAAGAAAAAGUCUCAAAAAGGCUCACAAAUCCAUUUGAGAUUGUCUGGAAGUCAUUUAGCCUUGUAUUCUUUGCUGAAUGGGGAGAUCGCUCAAUGCUUGCAACAAUUGCUCUUGGGGCUGCACAGUCUCCAUGGGGUGUGGCAACUGGAGCAAUUGCUGGACACCUGGUUGCAACAUCUAUUGCAAUUCUAGGAGGAGCCUUUCUUGCCAGCUACAUUUCAGAAAAACUGGUUGGCUACUUGGGUGGAGUGCUUUUCCUUGUUUUUGCUGUUGCCACAUUUUUUGGAGUUUUCUAGUAAAUUCAUGGGGAAUUUAUGGAGAGUUUUUAGUGCAACCAUAAUGGAGCACUAUGCCUGCGAUUGUUGGACCUCAUUAGUUACUAGCGAAGAAGGAUGACAAACAGAAGCCCGAAAGACACCAUGGAUAUGGCUUUGUCUAACAGGCAUUUCAUACUUCAAAACCUCAAGUUAGGAUGAGUUUAUGUUAUGUUGCAGUAAGCUAUUUGAAAGAUUAUAGUAGACAACUUUUGAUGGAGAGAUGGGUUUGUACAUUGUAAAAUUUUUCACAGAAAUAAAACAGGUGUAGUGAAUAAGAUACUGCUAUGCAGUAUUAUUCUAUGACUUCCAA